AUGGGGAAUCUGUUGGCAGUGUUGUGCAUUUCCAUUUCACUGCUGAUCACAGCAUUCCCUGCUUCUACUGUGAGCAGCAGCUCCCACCUCCUAAACUUGAGAGCUGCAUUGAAGUCGGCAAUCCACCAAACGGAUGCCGCCUUGUCCAAGUUGACCACAGAUUCGUCGUGCCGUUAUUUGCUCGACUUGACACUGUCGGACCUGAGAUGGUGCCUUGCAGCCUUACAAGACUUGGCCUCCGGUGAUGAAGGGCACGCGAGCGACUUAAGAACGCGGCUGAGCGCUGCAUUGACCAAUCAAAACAUCUGCCAAGAAGAGUUACCAGGGCCGUACGCGAACGGCACCGAGGAAUUGGUGGCAGCAAGGAGAUAUCUGGGUGGAGCCGAGUUGCUGACGCAUGGGCUUGUAUCAAUGGCGAGCCGCCUACAGCCAGCCAAACUGACCAAGUUAGCAGCUGGAGGGAACCCUUUUGCGGCAUGCAACGUGACAGUGGCUCAAGAUGGGUCGGGAGAUUUCCGGAGCAUCGCCGACGCGCUGUCGUCUGCCCCGGACGGUAACACUGCCCUUCAUUACGUCAUCCAUGUUAAGCAAGGAACAUAUCACGAGUACCUCAAGGUUGACUAUAGGAAGCACAACGUCGUUUUGGUCGGCGAAGGGAUGGGCCGGACAAUCAUCACCGGCGAUCGUAGCAAUUCCUCCGGAUACAGCACUUUCAAUUCCGCAACACUAGCGGUGGACGGUCCAGGGUUCAUAGCAAUCGGCCUAACCAUCGAGAACACAGCGGGGGCCUCAGCGGGGCAGGCCGUAGCAAUCCGGGCCGGGUCGGACUUCUCGGCGUUCUACCGAUGCGAGAUCAAAGGCAACCAAGACACGCUGUUCGCCCUCAGCAAGCGGCAGUUCUACAGGGAGUGCCGGAUCAGCGGGACCGUGGACUUCAUCUUCGGCAACGCGGCUGCGGUGUUUCAGAGAUGCGACAUCGUGUCGAGGCGGCGGGCCGUGGGCAACGUGAUCGCGGCGAGCAGCCGGUUGAACCGGGACGAGCCGACCGGGUUCGCGUUCCACCGCUGCAGCGUGUGGGGGGAGCCCGGGGCGCCGGUGACGUACCUGGGGCGGCCGUGGAAGCAGUACGCGAGGACGGUGUUUGUGGAGACGAGGCUGGGACACGUGGUGGCGGCGGAAGGGUGGUCCGGGUGGAACAACCGCUACCUGGAGACGGUGUACUAUGCGGAGUACAGGGAUAGAGGACCCGGGGCGCAGCCGUGGAGGAGAGUCAAGUGGGGUGGGGUUCAUGCGCUUACGGACCCCAAUGAGGCGGCGGAGUUCUUGCCGACCAAGUUCAUUCAGGGAGAUAGGUGGAUCCCGGCUACUGGAACCAUGGAAAGCAAUCAAAAUGCCCCUGGAGCUUCUGCAAAUGCUGCUGUUCAACCAAAUGGUGUUGCCCAUCAGUCUGUUAAUGCACAUCUAGUUGAUCCGGCGCCUCAGGUUGCUGCUGGUGGAGCUCCUGCACCUCAAGUUGCUCACAAUGCAACUCAGGAUGUUGUCAUGAAUGACCCAGCUGAUAAUGUUGAUUCUGUUACUGCUCUGGAAGGGUGUUUCACUAUGUUGAAUCUGGGUGGAGAUGAGACUGAAAAUGACUUGGCA